CUUCCGCAGAAAAAAACAUUUGUUUAAAAGAAGUGACCUUCGAUCACGAAUUUUCCGGAAGUACGCGAACUCUGGAGAUGCCGACGGAUGACGUCACGCGUGGAUACGAUCACAACCCGUAGCCGUAACGAGAUGUGACUACGUCACGGGGGCGGGGCUUGCGGGGCGCGUGACGUGCUCAGCGCGAGCUCUGCUUCAGUCAGUGAUCGGAUCUCCGGAGAGUCGUGACGCGCUCCGGACGCGCGCGGGGUUUACGCACGGAAUGACCGGGGACCGGCGAUAAAUGGGGUCCGUGACACGGAGCACGCUUCAGCGGGGGCUGAUUUUACUCUGGAUUCUGUCGUUUUCAGGAGCGCUGGCGUUCAGCGAGCUGUCGUUCACCGUCGAGCCCGAGGACGUGUCGGCGUCCGCCGCUCAGGCCGUUCUUCUGGACUGUCAGGCUCGCGGCGAGGCGUCCGUCGGCGUGCGCUGGAGGAGGAACGGCGUCCGUCUUCAGGAGAGCGUCCGGCUGCGGGUCCUGUCCAACGGCUCUCUCUUCAUCUCCAGCUCGGCUCCGGCGGACCGGGGCUUCUACCGGUGCCUCGCUCACAACAGAUACGGGGCCGUCCUGAGCCGAAGAGCCCGGCUCACCGUCACAGAUGUCCCGUUGUUUAUUUCUCACCCGGUCUCUGCUGAAGUCUCUCUGGGAUCUGUGGUCAGGUUCUCCUGCGCCGUCGAUGCAUCAGCCGUUAUCAGCUGGGAACUCAACCAAAGAUCUCUACCUCUGGAUUCAGACAGAAUCACCUCUUUGCCGAACGGAGUGCUGCAGAUCCGCGAUGUGACGAUGAGGGAUGCUGGGAAUUAUCGCUGCUUAGCAACAAACACGGCCGGCCGAGUCCGGAGCCGAGAGGCCGAGCUGACCAUCGUCCCAGCGUCGGGUCCCAGGCCUCUCUCCACGCCACACAUCAUCGCAGGGCCGCAGAACAUCAGCGCGGGGCUGGGUCAGUCUGCGGUUCUGGAGUGUCUCGCGGAGGGAAACCCUCGGCCGCUCGUGUCCUGGAGCCGGGCCGACUCUAAACCCAUAGACGUUUCCGGAGCCAGAGUGCUGGGAAACGGGAACCUGAUCAUCUCUGCUGUUAAAGCUCAUCACAGCGGCUCGUACCUGUGCCGCGCCACGACGCCGGGAACACGCAACUACACCGCAGCGGCCGGAAACCUCACCGUACUCGUUCCUCCGACUCUAGUAGAGAAACCAGAGAGUCAGACCCGACCCAGAGCUGGUACGGCCCGUUUCAGCUGUCAGGCCGAAGGGACGCCUGUUCCCCAAAUCACCUGGUUUAAGAACGGUCAGGUGAUCCACUCCAAUGGACGCACCAAGAUGUACAACAAUAAACUAGUGAUAACCCAGAUUAUUCCGGAAGACGAUGCCUUUUACCAAUGCCAAGCGGAGAACUCUCAAGGCUCGGUGGUGUCCACGUCUCGUCUCAUCGUGGUGCUUUCGGAGGACCGCCCCAGCGCACCGCGCAACAUCCAUGCUGAGACCAUCUCGAGCUCGGCCAUCUUACUCGCGUGGGAGAGACCGCAGUACAAUGCGGAUAAAGUCAUCGCCUACUCUAUACACUACAUGAAGUCUGAGGGACUAAACAACGAAGAGUAUCAGGCCGUGAUCGGGAACGACACCACCAGCCACAUCGUGGACGAUCUGGAACCAGCGCGAAACUACACGUUCUAUAUCGUAGCCUACAUGCCGAUGGGCGCCAGCCGCAUGUCGGAGCAGGUCACGCAGCACACGCUGGAGGAUGUGCCCCUCCGUACCCCGGAGCUGAGUCUGACCAGUCGCAGUCCCACAGACAUCCAGGUGUCCUGGCAGCCUCUUCCUCCCAAACUCAGCCGCGGACGUGUUUCUGCGUACCGUCUGUCCUACCGCACGGCCUCGGACGAGCAGGUGACCUCCGUCGAGCUGCCCGUCCCGAGUGAGAACUGCACCCAGCACCUCCUGCAGGGUCUGCAGCCCGACACCAUCUAUUUGAUCCGAAUGUCCGCUUCGACCCGAGUGGGCUGGAGCCAACCGUCCGCCUGGAACUCCCACCGCACGCCCAAGACAUCCAGCGCCACCGUCCCUCCCGCCCCGAGUCUGGACCCGGAGCCUCUGAACUGUACCUCGGUGACGGUCCGCUGGCGUCCGGCUCCCAGCGACGCUGUGGUCCAGGGAUACAAGCUGACCUUUCACCCCGACGGCCAAUCAGAGGACUCGCUUCUCCAGCUGCCCCCUCAGGACCAGCAGCACUUCAUCACAGGACUCCACCCCAGAGUGAAGUACCACGUGAAGCUGCUAGCGUUCAGCGCUAACGGAGACGGCUAUGAGGCCCACCAGACGGUCAGCACGCCGGCCUGUCCAUCGGCCCCGAACCGCCGUCUGGCCGCUCUCCCGUCUCCGGAUCACCUCCACGCUUCAGUGAACAGUUCUUCAGCGGUCCGUCUGAGCUGGAGCCGUCCGGCGUUCAGUUCCGGGAGACCGCUCAGUUACUCCAUCCGCUACGGGCCCCUGAGUCCCUCCGAGGCCCCGAGCGUACGCUACCUCCAGACCUCGGGUCAGACGCUCACCGUCACGGGGCUCCGGCCGAACACUCGCUACGAGUUCGCGGUCCGUCUUCACGUGGAUCAGAUGUCCAGCCCCUGGAGCGCCGCGGCCUAUCAGAGGACUCUCCUGGAAGCUCCGUGGUCUCCUCCGCGCUCGGUCCGAGUGAGUCUGAUCGAGGACGGCACGGCUCUGGUGUCCUGGAAGCGGCCGGAUCAGCCGGACCUGUCCGUCUCUCACUACACCGUCCUGUACGCCUCGCAGAGCUCCUGGCUCGCCGGGGACUGGCAGGUCCUUCAGAGAGAAGGCUCGAACACGAUGGCUCUUCUGGAGAAGCUGGAGUCGGGAAGCGUGUACCUGGUGAAGAUCUCGGCGUCCAACCCGGCCGGAGACGGACCGUUCUCCAGCGCCGUCGAGCUGAGGAUCAGGAGCAAGAGCCCCCGGGACACGGAGAGACACGGACAGAACACCGCGUUUCUGGACGGGCUGUAUCACCUGGACGGGAGGUCUGUGCCGGGCGUCGUCGUGGGGGUGUGCAUCGCUCUGUCCUGCAUCAUCCUCUGCAUCUUCAUCCUCCUCAGCAAGAGCAGAACACCAAAAUCCGCUUCCUCAAAGAUGAUUGGACGGGUCGGGAGUGAUGUCACGCGCAGCGCUGCGUCGCCGGCCAAUCAGCAGCCGGGGGAGAACGCGGAGGUUCUGCUGCCGAUGAUGAGGACGCACUUCAUUGAUGCCAAAGGAGGAACGAAUUUAUUAAUAAACCGUGCAGGACCGAUAACGAGUGACGCUCAGAGCAAGCGGAAAAAAGGGAGCAUGUUUAAUAAUAAUCAGAAAUCUAAUGCAAAUAAAAGCACGGUUCUGCAGACCGUGAGCUCCGACGUCGGUGUCGGACCGAUGGAGGAUCCCGCUAAUCUUCACGAAGUGGGGAAGACGGUUCUGCGUUACGAAGACGAGCUCUCGCGAGAUUAUCGUCCUCUCUGCGACUCGGAGACCUCGCAGACCAGCGGCGCGGACUCAGGAAACUUCUCUAACGACGAGAUGGAAGCCGCGAACCCCAGCAGAACCUCGUACGAAUCUGACGGCGAGGCGUCGAACGAAUGCGUCGCGAGCGUCUGCGCACGGAUCCCAGGCCAAACACCGAAAUCUCGCUCCCGCCUUCAGGUCGCGGCGCUUUAACUGGCCUGUCAGUCAAGCCGGUGGGUGUGGCUUGGCAGGCCGCGAGUGGGCGUGGCUUAACACACAGUGAGUGGGCGUGGCCUGAGAUUCCAAGGCCUAUAAAUACAGCUUUCCUCAGGAUACUUGCGAAAACCAAAACCUCAACGCUUUGAGAGUUUGAAUAGCUUUACGAAGUCACAGACGCUCUGUUGGCUUCGACGAACUUGCACAGCCUUUCUAAAAACGUUCCCUUCCCGGGAGAAACUCACGCUGUCCCAAAGAUGAAGGUCCCCCAUGAAUGUCUUGAAGAACGCCUGAUGUGCUUUACACGGACGAGUCUGAUCUCACAGAGACGGAGUUCUGUUCUGCUGUCUCUCUACCUCAUUCUUCUGAUGACGCUCGUCCUCAAUCUCAGCUUUAUUCUUUUGAUAUGAACACUGAACGUGUGUGACGUUUAUAAUCCAAAGAGUCCGAGCGACCGAUGAAAACACUUUACAAGCUCUCAGGUGUUAGCAUGAACUAGCAGCGAACAGGAAUUCAAUGCAUUUAUUCAUUUCAUUAACAUUUCAUAUUCGUGGAAACAAUUCAGAAAUGUCCAGUACGUUUCACAAAUAAUUACUAAAAUGGUA